AUGAUGAUCUCUUACAUGCUCGACGGUGCCGGAUACUUGAUCUGUAAUCGUGAAUUUCUCUCUGAAGACAUUGCAGAUUUUGAGUUUACACCACGUCCUGAAUUCCCUGGACACUUUAAAGUACACAAUGUAGCUACCGAAUUGGAUUGUAUCACUAUGUUCUUCGAACAUAUUCAACGAGUGCGACCAAAUGUGAUAGUGACUUACAACGGAGAUACGUUUGAUUGGCCUUUCAUUGAGGCUCGGGCUGCUCACUACGGACUCUCGAUGUCUGAGGAGAUCGCGUUCUCUCGCCAGAAAGCCACCCCUGGUCCUGGGCGUGACGGUUCUGCCGGAGAAUAUCUUUCUCGACCGGCAGUUCAUAUUGAUUGUCUGUGUUGGGUCAAACGAGAUAGUUAUCUGCCUGUUGGUGCCCGUGGGUUAAAAGCGGUGGCCAAGGCGAAACUACGCUAUGAUCCGAUCGAAGUUGACCCAGAAGCUAUGUGUCGCAUGGCUAGGGAAGCACCUCGAGAACUGGCUAAUUACUCAGUGUCAGAUGCCGUUGCUACUUACUAUCUAUACAUGAAAUACGUUCAUCCUUUCGUGUUUGCUCUAUGCACUAUUCUGCCAUUAAAUCCGGACGAUGUGUUACGUAAGGGUUCUGGAACUUUGUGCGAGGCUUUACUGAUGGUACAGGCGUAUGCAGCAAAUGUCGUUUUCCCCCACAAACAGUCGGCAAACGGUGAGUCUGGUCCGGCAGGCCUAAUCCCUGGUGGAUCCAGCGCUUCCUGUCGAUUUACAGAGGAUGGAAAAUUGAUUGACUCCGAAACGUACGUGGGUGGACACGUAGAAGCUUUGGAAGCAGGCGUGUUUCGAGCGGAUAUUCCUGUGCGCUUUCGCCUAGUACCGGCUGCCUUAGAAGCUUUGCGUAAUGAUGUGAGACGGUGCCUGAAGAAGACUUUGCAAACAGAGGUUGGAGCUGAGGAUGAAGAGGCGCUAGAAAGUCUUAUCCCCAACGCCAACUUUGACAAGGUAAAAACAAUGUUUUUUCUUCUUUGGCUGAAAGUUUGUACAUAUAACUCGCUAAAGCUUGAAUACAAUACAAUACAAUACAAUACAAUCUAAUGAUACUCUAGUGUUGAAUAA